AGAUUUCCAUUUCGUUUUCAUGCAAACUCUCUCUCUCUCUCUCUCUCUCUCUCUCUCUCCAAUCUCUCUAUAAAUAUGCAUAUCUUCCUUUCCUCCUCAUUUCCAGUCAUCACCAGUCACCACUACCACCACUUAAAGACACUUUUUUUCUCUCUUUCUUCCUCUGAAGAAACCUAAAACAGAGAACAAAGAAAAAAAAUGGCUGUGAAUUAUGCCUUUCCAGCUUAUUUCAUAGUAAUAUUAUUUAUAUCUCGUUUAAUUUCUACAGCAGGAAAAUCCAAGCCAUGGACAACUUUUCUUCCUCCUAAGCUCUUCUUAAAUGUUGAUUUUGCUGAGAGAAUCCAUACUGACCCAUUGGCCAUUAAAUCGGCCUCUACUGAUUAUGGUAACAUAAUCCAUCAAAAACCAGCAGCAGUACUUUACCCAUCUUCCGUACAAGACAUACUCUCUUUAAUAACAUAUGCAUAUAAUUUCUCUACUCCUCCUUUCACUAUAUCUGCCAGAGGCCGCAGCCACUCUGUUAGUGGACAAGCUAUGGCUCCCAAUGGAGUUGUAGUAGAUAUGAUGCGAUUGAGGAGUUAUACAGAGAAGAAUGGUGUUGAAAUCUUUAAAAGCCCUUCUUCGGGUUUUUAUGCAGACGUUGGAGGUGAACAACUAUGGAUUGAUGUGUUAAAAGCUACAAUCGAACAUGGGCUUGCACCGACGUCGUGGACCGAUUACUUGUAUCUUACUGUCGGAGGAACUCUGUCUAAUGCCGGAAUUAGUGGACAAACUUUCCGAUAUGGUCCACAGAUCAGCAAUGUCUAUGAAAUGGAUGUUAUCACUGGAAGAGGAGAGCUUGUGACUUGCUCUGCCCAGAAGAAUUCAGAGCUAUUUUUUGCUGUUUUGGGAGGCUUAGGCCAGUUUGGAAUCAUAACUAGAGCUAGAAUAGCAAUAGAGCCAGCACCUAAGAGGGUUAAGUGGGUGAGGAUGCUUUACAGCGAUUUCUCAGCAUUCACGAAAGACCAAGAACAUUUAAUAUCAAAAAAUGGAAGAAAACAAAGCAAUGCAGUAGAUUAUGUGGAAGGUUCACUUCUAAUGGACCAGGGUCCUCCAAAUAAUUGGAGAUCCUCUUUUUUCCCUUCUUCUGAUAUCCCCAGAAUUAUGUCCCUAUUUAUCCAACAUCGCAUCAUCUACUGUCUAGAAAUUGCCAAAUAUUAUUAUGACGAUGCCACCACCCAACAUUCUGCUGCCAAGGAACUCGAACAAAUGUACGGAGAAUUAAGCUUCAUUGCUGGAUUUAAGACAGAGAAAGAUGUGGGAUAUGUUGAGUUUUUAGAUAGAGUAAGAAAUGGAGAGCUAAAGCUUCAAUCAGAAGGACUAUGGGAGGUUCCUCAUCCAUGGCUAAAUUUAUUUUUGCCAAAAUCUAGCAUUUCUGAUUUCAAUUCAGGUGUUUUUCGGGAUAUUGUCCUUAAACGAAAUAUUACAACAGGACCUGUCCUCGUUUACCCCAUGAACAGAAACAAAUGGGAUGAUAGAACAUCAGCUGUUAUACCGGACGAGGAGGUUUUCUACACAGUGGGAUUUUUGCAUUCAAGCGGGUUUGAUGAUUGGCAGAGAUACGAUGAUCAGAACAAAGAAAUAUUAAGUUUCUGUGACAAAGCUGGGAUUAAGGUUAAACAAUACUUUCCAUAUUACAAAACAAAAGAAGAAUGGAUUAAGCAUUUCGGGUCCAAGUGGAGAAGUUUUAGAGAGAGAAAAGCUCUAUUUGAUCCUAAAAUGAUGCUUUCACCGGGCCAGAGAAUUUUCAAUUAAUUAAUUAAUUAAUUUACUCAAGUGUCUAAUUACGGUUAAUUAGUGGUUGCAUUAAUUACUAUCAGGUGUAUGAAAAUGAUCAUAGAGACAAUAAUGAAUAGACAAUUUUGUUUUGUUUUUUCAAA